AUGGAUCAACUCCCAGGUUACAUGAAGAUAAGCUAUAAGGCACUGUUAGAUGUUUAUGAAGAAAUGGAACAACUGUUGGAGCAAGGGACACAAUACCGUAUCGAAUAUGCCAAAAAGGAGGCGAUACGACUUGCUCAAGCUUACCUUCUUGAGGCCAAAUGGACGCAUGAAAAUUACAAACCAACAUUCGAGGAGUACAAGUCUAAUGUAUUGCUUAGCUCUGGCUAUGGUAUGCCUGCUAUCACAGCGUUCGUAGGCAUGGGAGAUGUUGCAACCCAAGAGACCUUUCAUUGGGCAGUUAAUGACCCUAAGAUUAUCAGAGCUUCCACAAUAAUUUGCAGGUUCAUGGAUAACAUUGCUGAACGCAAGUUUAACCAAAGGAGAGAAGACCAAUGCUCAGUGACAGAGUGUUACAUGGAACAAUAUGGCGUAUCAGCGCAAGAUGCAUACGAUGAGUUCAACAAGCAUAUCGAGAGUUCCUGGAAGGAUGUAAACAAAGAGUUCCUGAAACCAACAGAAAUGCCAACACCAGUUCCUCAAUCGUUGUCUCAACCUUGCACGGUUGAUGGAUGUCCUUUAUAGAGAAGGAGAUGGUUACACAUAUGUUGGCAAAGCUGCAAAAAGUGGCAUCACUUCCUUGCUGAUUGAUCCAGUCCCUCUUUGAAUUAGCUCUUGGAUCUGCUUCUUCUAUACAAAGUAAUGGGUUGAGAUUUGAGACUUGCAUAACUCACCCUGAUGCACCCUUGCACAUGCUUGUGUCAGUUAUUUUUAUAGUUUACUUUUUGUUUAGUUUGUGAUAGUGACUUGCAGCCUAUGCAUGUACAGGCAUGAAGUGUGCCUUCUGCAGUGUGUAAGAGUAUAGCAAAAGAGUUAAUGAUGCUGUGUAGUGUGUAUUGAAGUGUUUUACUGCUUAUGGAGUGCUGAUGACAAUUCAGUGUCUUCUUUUUCAGCUCUUCCUCUCUCUGUUCUUUCUGUUAGCUUACUGCCUUUGCACCUCACUGCAAACCAGUGUUCAUUCUAGCUGUAUAACAAAAAACUG